GUUUUUAUCUCAGGGAGGCGUGUCUUUACUGAAUGCAUGAGUCAGGAAGCGCUUUUCCUGAACUUUACACUUCAUGUUAUUUACGUCUUCGUGUAGUUUCUUAAAACCUAAACGUGUCGCUCGACUCUGACUCUGUCCACGACACCGGUGGCACCAUGACAGUGUUUGAAAACUGCACAGUGGUGUUAGAUGUGAAAAAUUUACCUUUUAAAGAGAAGAAUAAACUGAGAUUAGCUCUUCUGGAGAAUGGAGGAACCAUCACUUAUAUCAUCAACAAAGAGUGCUCUUUUGUGGUCACUAGCAGUGUGAAUGAUCUGAGCAGUAACCGGCAGCGCAGCAUCCAGAAGCUGCAGAUCCCAGUGGUCGGGACACAGUAUGUGUGGAGCUGUCUGGACCAAGGACAUCUCCUGCCUUUGAAGGAGCAUACUUUGACCCCACAGCUGCCAUUUCCUGCCUCUGAAUUCCUCCCUCCUUCAGAGACACACAAACUACAAAAAGAGACAUUCAAAGGUCUCCCUGAACUCCCAAAGACUGAGGUUGAGAUUCUUGAGAAGGGUGGACCCCGUCCUGGCAGGUUCAGAGUUUACAAGGAAGGCGACAAGGACCAGCCUGUAUUUCCUUCAUAUUUUCAAGUGGCCAAGUAUUCAGUUUUUAAGAAGGUCAAACCCAAGACCUUGUCUGUUCUGGAGCUGCAGAGUGCCAAAGGCCGAGAAGGCCAGCAGUAUCGUGUGUUGUGUUCAGGCUUGGGUGAAGCUGAGACCGCAGUGUUUCAGGACAAGAUUGUGUUCUGCGUGACGUCUGAAGAUGCCGUGGAAGCAUAUCUGCAGCUGAUGAAGGAGAUGGAGGCCGAGGGAUUCACAAAGACACACACACUUCUCCCUGAGCUUGAGUGUCUGGCAUCCUACAGUCUGAAGCAGCUGCUGUUGGAAGAGAAGCUGAACUGCAGCACGUUGUCAAAGGAAGUCGGUGUCUUUGUGGAGCUGGUUUGGACCGAAGCUCUCGGUUCUCUUAACAACAUCCUGACGGUCCCUGUCUCCAGAAUCAGCCUCAAUGAUGUGAGCAGGGUGGAGGGAUUGUUACUGCAGGCACAAAAGACUGAGAAAGAGGAGGAAGUCAAAGCCCUGCUGGAGGAAGUCAACACUCUUCUGCCCCUCAGAAAGAUCGACCCUCCAUCUAAACACAAGCUUGUGUCUCAGAAACUAGACCUUUGUCAGCUGAUCAGAGAUAUAGUAAAUGUGAGCGAGACCACUCUGGGAAGCCCCUCACCCUCGUCUCUGGGAAAGUAUCGAGCUCUGAGGUGCAGCAUUGAGGUUGUUCCACCACAAAACCCUGAGUUUCAUGUUGUAUCUCAGCUGCUUCGGGACAGGCCUGUUCAGAUUCAGCAGAUACUGCGUGUCAGCAGAGGGGUGGAGCUUCAGUUGUUUAUGGAGGAUUUGGGCAACAUUAAACCCCUCCUUCACUCCACUAGUCCCAGCAGUUUUGUUGGAAUACUGUCACGAGGUCUGCUGCUGCCCAGGGUUGGAGUCGAACAGCAUGGGAUUGAGAGAACGGAUAUUGGGAAUCUCGGAGGAGGAAUCUACUUCAGUGACUCUCUGAAGACUAGUGUGAAAUACUCCAAGCCCAGUGUGACUGACGGCUCUCGGCUGCUGCUGGUGUGUGAAGUGGCGUUGGGUCGGUGUAAGGACCUGCUGAAGAAAGACACCACAUUGACUCGUGCUCCUGACGGCUUCCACAGUGUUCAUGGAGUCCAGCGCUCUCCCAACAGACUCUCUGAAUUUGAGGAUGAUGAGUUUGUGGUCUAUAACACAGAGCAGAUUAGACUGAAGUAUGUGGUGCAGUACAGUCUGGAGGGAGACGAGUUAAAAGAUUUCCAGCCUCAAAUCAACACUGAGCUCACGGACACAACGCCUGAUAUCUUGUCCAGUGAUGACUGCGAGGCUUUGGAGUCCACUAAGAAUCCUCUGGAGGAGAUGAACGCAGGUUUGCUGGACAGCAGUGGUCAGAAACUUCCUCUAAAGGCUGUCAAUGUGAGAUGCAAGCUGAUGGACCUGCUGUGUCAGGUCGUCUUAUUUCAGACCUACACAAACCAGAGUGCUGUUCCUAUUGAAGCCAAGUAUGUUUUUCCACUGGAGGAGACGGCAGCAGUGUGCGGAUUUGAAGCCUUUAUCAACGGAAAACACGUCGUGGGAAAGGUAAAGGAAAAGGAGCAGGCUCGUAAGGAGUACAAACAAGCCAUAGAGAAAGGUCAUGGAGCAUACCUGAUGGACCAGGAUGCACCUGAUGUGUUUACUAUCAGCGUGGGGAAUCUUCCUCCUGGAGCCACAGUUUUGAUCAAGGUGACGUUCAUCACUGAGCUGGUGGUCAGAUCAGGAUCCGUAGUCUUCUCACUGUCUGGCAGCGUGGCACCAUGGCAACAGAGAGCCGCCAUUAAUCAGACCACUCAGGCCACUGUUGAAAAGAUUGGUGUGACGGAGCUUCAGUCAGAGGGGGAGUUUUCUCUGUCUAUGUCCAUUGAAAUGCCUUAUGAGAUCAUCAACUUGACCUCUUCACACCGCAUCAAAACCAAGAGGACAGACUGUAAGGCAGUGAUCAGCACGUUACCGGGACAGACUCUGGGGUCUGAAGGGUUACAGGUGUCCUUCAGUCUUUCUAAUAUCCACAUGCCCAGGAUGUGGGUCGAGAAGCAUCCGGAUAAAGAUAGUCAGGCCUGCAUGCUGGUGUUUUAUCCAGACUUUAAGUCCAGCGAGGUGUCCGGCUCUGGAGGUCCGUCUAGUGUGAGUGAUGUGGUCAUUCUUCUGGACACCUCCAAGUCCAUGCAGGGAGACGCCAUGCUGAACGCCCGCAGGAUUGCCCUUCAAGUCCUCAAAUCUCUGGACCCCUCACUGAAGAUCAACAUAAUCUCUUUCAGCACUGAUUACAAAGAAGCUUUUCCUGCCCCAGUGCCUUUAGAUGAGGCAUCUGAAGCAGCCAGAAAAUUCAUUAUGUCGUGUGGCGGCUCUGGUGGCAGCACUGAUCUGUGGAGGCCUCUCCGGAGCCUGAGUCUGCUGCGUCCCGGCCGGGGCGUGAGGAACAUCCUGCUGCUCUCUGAUGGACAUGUUCAGAAUCAGCCUCUCACUCUGCAGCUGGUCCGAGAAAACUCCUGCCACACGCGCCUCUUCACCUGCGGACUCAGCUUGACAGCUAAUCGUCAUAUGCUCAGAGCUUUGGCUCAGGCGGGAGGAACAUAUGAAUUUUUUGACACAAAGAUGAAACACACUUGGACACAGAAGGUGCGAGCUCAGGUUCAGCGUAUGGAGGCUCCAGGCUGCAGAUCAGUGGCAGUGAAGUGGCAGCAGUUUAAUCCCACAGCGCCGCGUCCAGUUCAAGCCCCCUCACAGCUUCACGCUCUCUUCAGUGACUGUCACACUCUUGUCUACGGAUUUGUGCCACACUGCACUCAGGCCACACUGUUUGGUGAUUUGAGUGGACAAGAGAUCCAAACGAUGGUUUCCACCACAGAACUACAAAAGACAAAGGGGACUCUCCUUCACAAGUUAACAGCAAGAGCGAUCAUCAGAGACUAUGAAGAUGGCAUUCUAGCUAACAGUGAGGCAGAACAUGAGGGGAAGAAAGCAGAGCUGAAGUCCUACAUCAUUGAGCUCAGUAAAGAGUUCUCCAUCUUGUCCCAUUUCACAAGCUUUGUCGCCAUUGAAGAGAGGGAGCAGAAUGAGCUUGACACUGGGUUCACAGAUAUUCCUAAAAUCAUAUCAGAGGAGGAGGUGGAUAUUUUGCCAUAUAUAGGCUGGACUGAAGAGAAGCUGGAUGCUCUGCAUAGUAGCAGUGAUGAAGAUGAUGAUGUGGGCCACAUUAUCUCCUCAUCUCCAGAUCUCCUGUAUUCUGCUUGUGUACAAGCUGAUUUUUAUGAUGAUUUUAUGGAUGUUUAUUCUGAUUCUGAUUAUGAAUUCAUUGGCCAAGAAUCUGAAUGUCCCCCUUCUACUCCUAGCUCAAGAACCCUCGAUUGUCCUCCUCUUUCAUCUCAGAAAUUCAUGUCUUCAAGACCUGAAUUUUUUCCCGGAGAAACAUGGCUGUUAUCCCCACUGUCUUUGAUCAACCUGCAUUGUCUGCUCCUCCUUCUCUCCCUCUAUCUGGUGAUUUUAUGUUUCCUUCAGAGUCAAAAUGAGUCUUUGAGUUUUGGAUCCUCAGCCACUGGACUCUUUGGAGCAUCACCGGGACAGCAGCAACAGACACAACAAGCCGCUUUGACUUCUAAAGCUGCUACACAGAGUGUCACUUCCUCCAUGGCUCCCCUUCUUCCUGUUACAUCAGCUAUCUUUGGUCAACCUGCAGGUCCUAAAUUCGUCUUUGGAACUUCAAAUAAUGCAUUUGGUGGCAGUACUGGUCUUUUCAAAAAGGCGGCUGAGCCCGAACAGUCUGGUUUCUCCGCUUUUACCAUUGGAGUAUCUCAGCAACGAAAACAUCCUGUGUUUUCUGCACCUGGCUUUCCUAAGGGGAGAGGAAACAUAGGUCUGUCGCUUCCAGGAAGACCAAUAAGCAGACCAGACACAGUGGCCUGGAAUGAGCUGUUUGAACUUCAGCAUGAGGAUGGAUACUGGGAGUGCACUGACAGGCUGAGCAGCUUCCUCAACCUGGACAUAGACUUUUUUGCCAAUGUCUUCCUUCAAGAGAAAGGCAUCCGUUCAUUUGGUGUGAAGGCUCAUGCUGAAGUUCUGAGGCUGGUGGCGACUCUGCUGGUGCUGCAGCUGAUCCGGGUGAAGAAGCUGGAAGUGGGACGGCUGCUGGAGUCUCUCCUUCGACUAAAAGAUCCCCAGGAGCCCAGACCGCUGUACUGGGAGGCAGUGAAGAGGGCCGUGGACUGGGCCUGUCGGACGGACAGACAGUAUCCGUGUGUGUGCAGCAGGCUGGAGAUGGGCUGGGAUUGGGAAUCAUCUACACGUCAACUACUGGGCUGUGAUUCUCCACACCCUUAUUCCCCGCUCAAACCUGUUCUGGAGAGACGUGUGGACGUGUCAGUCAUGUAGAAACUAGAGUUACUGCUUAAUUGUUUAAUAUUUUAAAAAAUAUCAGAGUGCCAUCAGAACUGUAUUAAAAUAAUUGAAUUUUAUUAAAUUAGAAAAUAUUGAAACAAGUGCCCUUUUUUCUAGACUUUUUCUCCCCAAAUUAGGUCAAACUUUUAAUCUAAUAUCACUCUGAUUUUUAGUAAAUGUAUAACAAGUCAUUUCUUCUCAGGUUUACAUACAUUAGAAGAGCAACAAACAGCUGUACAUUAAAUAUGGUUAUGAUGCAGUAUGUUGUUUUAUCAUUUAAAACAUAAAAUUACAUUUGCGAAAUGUUUUGUGUGUAUCUGGUGUCUUUUUUAAAAGAAAUUAAAUACAUUCAAAUAAAAGAAACAUUAGCACCUCAAAGACAAACA